AGUACUCAGCUCCAUACAAACAGAUAGGUUGGGACUGACACUAAUUUCGUUAGUAAAGCACUGAUUGAAGAGCUCUUGACAAUGGCAGAUACCAUGGAAGUGAAAGAGGUACCGGCGGAGGACAGAAAGCCACAGAGAUGUCACUGGUUGGACCUUAUUACAGUGGAGCCUGUCAUGUUCCUGUACAUGAUGGCCUUCAUGCUCACAUCAGUGGUUGAACAAGCAUUCUUCGUUGACAAAGCCUGCCGUGCCAAUCACAACUUUUCAGACAACAUUUGCUCCAACCUUGCAGACAACCAGUACAAAGAAUACAACAAGCAAGUUCAAGUUACAGUCUCAAACUUUCACCAGUACAACAGUGUAGCCUCACAUGCUGUACCUUUGGUUCUGGUGCUUUUUCUGGGUGCAUGGAGUGAUCGUCGUGGACGCAAAUUGCCACUACUUUUGGGACUAGCUGGCAAAUUGUAUUAUUCUCUUAUGGUCGUCGUCAAUGCACUGCAAGUCACAUGGCCACUUGAGGUGGUGCUGCUGUCAGCUUCUCUGCCAUCUGCUCUAACUGGAGCAGAUUUGGCAAUCUUUGCUGCAGUGUUCAGUUACAUGGCUGAUAUAACAACAGUGGAAGCUCGUACUCUUCGAGUGACAAUACUUGAUAUCACAUAUCUAUCAACAAUGCCCACUGGCGUUGCACUGGGGAAAUACCUAUGGAGUUCUGUUACUGGAUAUUCUUAUGCAAUCAUGUUUGGCAUCAAUGCAUCCUUGCUACUUUCUGCAAUUCUAUAUGCUUUGUGGCGACUCAAAUGGAGAACAACUGACAGCCAGCAGCCAAUGCCUUGCAAUUUCUUUAGUGACUUCUUUGACUGUGAUCAUGUGGUGCAGUCAGUGAAAGCUGUAGUGAGGAAGCGACCAGGAAACAGACGAACAUACUUGGUGAUACUCUUCAUUGCCAUGGCUCUAUACACAUUCCAAAGAGAUGAGAAACCAAUGGCAUAUCUGUAUACCCAACUGCAGUUCCAAUGGACAGCUGAAGACUACAGUGACUACAGAACUUUUCAGAAUGCAUCAUAUGUUGUUGGCACACUGCUAGGUAUCCAUAUAAUGGGGAAAAUUCUGGGAAUGGGAGAUACAGCGAUGGUAAUGGUAGGAUCAACAGCACAUGCUCUGGCCAGGGUGGUUUUUGCUGUUGCAGAAGUUUCAUGGUUAUUUUAUAUUGGUGGCACCAUAGUGGCUUUGGGACCCAUUGUUGCUCCAGUCCUCAGAUCUAUGACAUCCAAGACUGUCCCGCUAUCAGAACGAGGGAAAGUAUUUGCCAUCCUUGCAGCAGCAGAUAAUGCAGUGCCUCUAUUCUCGGGUGUCUUAUAUACUCAGGUGUAUAAUGCCACUAUCAGCUCUGCUCCUGCUACAAUCUUCUGGGUUACAUCUGCCAGCCAAAUCUGCAUAUUUUUUCUCAUCUUUUACAUCCACAUAUCCCUCUGUGGAAGAAAUUUGGAGGAUACAACAGAGAUAAGAAUUCAAGAAAAUAGCAGUGAAGAAGAGCCCUAGAUUCUACAGUAACAUCAUUACACUGCAGAAAAUAUUAAAAACACAAAAUUCCUUUUAGUUUGUCCACAGCCAAUGCAGAUGAGCUGCAUGUGUGACUUACACUGAUUCAUACAAAAAUGGCUCUUUUGUAGUUAUAAUGAGGCUGGUAAAGUGGAUACACUGUGAAAACUAACAGAUUCACAUUAUAAUAUUCAUCCUCGCUUACAACACUGACAGACCAAUGUGGUUUAAAAUCACUCUUUUUUGGAAAGUUUUAUUUAAAACAAAUGUUAUCAUAAUCGAAUUAUUUAGGAGUGUGUGACAUUAAAAUUUCUAUGGUGAACCUACCCUCUAGUUUCAGUUGCUUUCCCUCUUAGCCUACCCUAACUCCCCUUCCUUUCUCAACUCUUCCCCAACUUCCCCUUUACCACCCACAGUUUUGGUUGAGGGGCACUCCUUUCUUAGCAGCAGUCUGAGCUACACCUAUUUCUUGGUUUUAAAUAUGUAUACUUAUGUCGGUUAGCUUGAAAACUGUACUCAAGUGAGUAACAUUUUGUUUUCAAGGUGUACCAAUGGGGAAAUUUACAGGUUGGUCUUUUGCUUCUCCUUCUUUCAUCCAUAGUUAUUAAUGUUAUUACUGUUGUUGUUGAUAUUAUUAUUAUCAUUAUUAUCAUCAUCACAACUACAUUUUAUUUUGUAACUGACCUCUAGUCCCUGUUUGGUCAGGUUUAUUCAGCUGUUUUUUGAGUGACUCAAAUUUUCCCCUGGCUUCUGUUGUGCAAAUAAUUAAAGAAUAUAAAAUUAAAACAAUUUCCUUGUUAAAUUAAUCUACAGCUUGUAUUAAGUCAAUAUACAUAAAAUUCUGUCACUAUAGUGCUUAGAAAUGACCACACAAAACAGCAAUCUUCAGGACAACAAAACCCACUGACCACUAACCCCUUGGAGCCUGAUAUCAAGUGCAGCUGCCAUAGUACACAACAACAAGACAGGAUAACAAUCGAUCUGUGAGCUCUGAUUUUCAGGCAAAAGUGAUGACAUGUUUAAGAAUAUAUUUCAUCAAUGUCAGCACAAAUUAAAGCACAGGUGCAUUUAGAAACUGUGAAAAAGUACAUGUUUACUGAAAAUGAGAAUUCUAGUAAGCCUGCUGCUUACAAGCUCUGAGAAUCAUGCCUCUGUUAAAUGCAGUUGUUUAGCUUUACACUAUGUUUACAAAAAUAAAGACUUGAAGAGCAACUUCUCCAA